CAAUACCAAACCUCAACCGGUAACUUCAUUCAGAUUGGAACGCGCACGACGAUUUUUUUUUAACUAUAGCAGGGGUCGUUUCCUAACAAAAGAAGUUUACGAAAUGUCAAUACGCUAUGUUCGGUUUAAUAUGAAUGAACUGGUAAAGCUUGCUGCUAAAGCAGUCGGCUAUUCUAAUACACAAUGCGUCCACGUUAAGAGAUUUCUAGACGGAAUGUUUAAUAAGACUUUCCUUUUCACAAUGCAGGACGGUAUAUAGGUUGUUGGUAAAGUCCCAAACCCCAACGCCGGGCGGGUUUACUAUACCACUGCCAGUGAAGUGGCUACUAUGGAUUUUGUCAGUUAAUUUUUUUUUAUUUUGACCCUUUUAUCUCUUCCUAACGCUUGGCAAUGCAGGUCAGAAAUACGCUUGGUAUACCCGUGCCGAAGGUGCUGGCUUGGAGCUCGAAAGCGAAAAAAAACUUAGUUGGCGCCGAAUAUAUUAUAAUGGAGAAAGUUCUAGGGGUAUAG